AUGGAUUGGGCAGUGAGAGGCGAUGAUGACUGGUUCGAUGAGGAUCAAAACCCAAAAAGAAAGGAGUGGUCAUUGAGGAGAUAUAGGAGCAUCACCCCCAGACUGUUAGCUACUGAGGGUGGCGGGUCACAACCUGAACAUGGCAAUGCUACAAAUGACUCUGUACAACCUGAACAUGUCGUUGCUGCAAAUGAGGCUGCACUAUCUCAACAAGGUUGUGUCGUAGAUGAUGAGUCGGUAAAACCUCAAGAUGUCAAUGCUGCAUAUAAUGUUGAUGUAUUUGAAGAUGAAAUGACACUAGAAGUGGUGGCUCAACAAACUCAAUCUAUAACACUGACUAUGAACUCAUAUGAUGAGCUGUAUGAAACAUUUGUUAAAACAAUAAGUACAGGAUCAUCCCAAGUUGGUGGGCCAUCCAAACCUACAGGAUCAUCCCAAUCAGGUGAUGAGGAUUAUAUUCUGUCUGAUGAUAGCCUGGUGUCUUCAUCUGAUGAAGAAGGAGAAAGGAUUAAAUAUCCUGAGUUUAGGCCUGAGAAAGAUAUGAAACACCCUGAAUGCAAGUUAGGAAUGAAGUUUGUAAAUGCAGUGCAGUUCGGGAAGGCAGUUAAUUAGCAUUCAAUUUGCAAUAGGAAGGAAAUCAGAUUUAUGA